UGCCACGGCAGCACUGUCCAACUCAACAAAAAGCCGUGUCAAGUAAACAAAAAUAAUUUUGACACAUUUGCAUCUUUUAUUAGGAUAAUUAAUUAGAAUACUGUUGGCCUCUGGAAUAGCAGAGGCAAACAAAUACCUACCGUAAUCAAAAACCAGCUUGCAAAAAACAUCACAAUGCGAAAGACUUGGGUCAAACGAGAAAACAUCUACUAUAAACCAUUCUAUAAGCAAAAGACGAAGAUGCUGUUAUUGGGAGUAUUUCUAUUAGGUAUAGUGUUUAUUAUUUAUCAGGCUUUUUCAAUAAAUCAGCUACCAAGUGCAAGUACACCUUGGAGUUUGGAGGGUACAAUGAACGGAAUUCGUCAGAAACAUAGAGAAAUGAUACAAUCGCUCGGCCGUAAACAGACUGAUGGAUACGAUGAUGGAGGUGGCGGGCAAGGCACUAAUACAGCGGAUGAUUCCAUUAAAAUUAUACGUGGAAUACGACUAUUUGAUUACGAUUCGUACAAGCCAAACUUCGAUGGAAAGUUUCGAUGUUUGGAUGGUAGAGCUGAAGUACCGUUCGACCAUGUUAAUGACGACUACUGCGAUUGCAUUUAUGACGGAAGUGAUGAACCCAGUACGAAUGCAUGCCAAAAUGGUCGCUUUUACUGUAAAUACCAAAAACGACACAUCACUGGGCGCGGCGUGGACUUAUUCGUACCCAGCAGCCGUGUAAAUGACGGAAUCUGUGACUGCUGUGAUGGUAGUGACGAGUGGCUCACCAUUAGCUGUAUAAAUAGAUGUACAUAAUAAGGAACUCGUAUUAAGCUUUAAGCUCUUGGAGUUAGGUUAUUUAGGUAUUCGAUAAAGAGCGUAAAAACUCGAAAUAAAAUAUAGGUCUAUAGAUUUUCCAUAUGCGAAGCAAGUUAGAAUAAUUAGUAUAGAAUUAUAAAAAAUACAGAUCUGUACAAAAAUACAUACUAGAUUUUAAUUGCAAUUCUUUAGAGAUGCUGUGCAUCGUAAAAUCGCUAUGUUUGCAUUUGAUAAUUAGAUUGCAUACCAAAAUUGGGCAAUGAUUUGAUAUUGCAUCCAAAAUCUCACAUUAUUUGGAGCUAAACUUCGAUAAAAUAACUAAAUUUUCUUUUUCUAACAAAUUGCUUAAUAAUUAAAAACUGCUUUAUGCAACCAAAAUUUCAGCGAUGAUACCA